AUGAUUCUUAUUGAUCCAAGUCAAAGAGAUUUGCAACGAAUUGUUUGGAAAGAAGGUAUAAAUGAGCCAAUUAAAGUUUACAACCUCUCUACAAUAACGUACGGGACGACUAGUGCGCCAUAUCUCGCCACACGGACGCUGAAACAAUUAGCGUUAGAUGAGGAGAAGGACUUUCGCAUAGCAGCGGAAGUCAUUAAGACAGAUACUUAUAUGGAUGACAUUGUUACAGGUUGUCCAGAUAUAGCUACGGCACGAGAAUUGCAACGCCAGUUGAAACUCUUACUUCAACGUGGAGGUAUGAACUUACAUAAAUGGUCAGCAAACCAUGAAGAACUGUUGAGAGAUAUUUCAGAAGGUGCUGAAACCUACUCGUUUACAGAAGAUAGUGAAACCAAGACGUUAGGUAUUUUGUGGAACCAUAAGUGUGAUGAGUUUGCUUUUAAAGUUGCACUGGAAAAUUUGGAUAUUUAUACUAAACGUGCAGUUUUAUCCAAUAUUGCCAGAAUCUAUGAUCCGCUCGGUCUGAUUGGCCCUAUAAUCGUCAAAGCAAAGAUAUUCAUGCAAAAAUUGUGGCUUCUACAUAUCGGAUGGGAUGAGCCAUUGCCGGAUCAAGAAAGUAAGGAGUGGAAAAGCUUCGUUCAGUCAUUGUCAGCAAUACAGUGCAUUAAAGUUAAAAGAUGUAUCUUAGUCGAAGAUGCUGUAGACGUUCAACUAAAUGGAUUCGCUGAUGCUAGUGAAAAUGGGUAUGGAGCAGCGAUAUACGUCAAAUCUACUGCAGCUACAGGAGAAACAGCUACCCAUUUGUUGUGCAGCAAAUCAAAGGUUGCUCCUUUGAAAAGAAUCUCCAUUCCUCGACUUGAGCUUAAUGCAGCUGUGCUACUUGCUAAGUUACUUCAUAGAGUAAUGAAGUCCUUGCAAGUGAGUUUCUCUGAAGUUCAUCUGUGGUCAGACUCGACUAUUGUUCUGGCUUGGCUGAAAAGUGAUCCACACGUGUUAAAGACAUUCGUAGCCAAUCGCAUAGCUCUUCUACAAGAAUUGACAAAUGGAUUUCAGUGGCACCAUAUUCGUUCAGAAGACAAUUCUUCGGAUAUGGUCAGCAGAGGUCUUGAUCCGAGUAAACUUCUUGACAACAAACUGUGGUGGCAUGGACCAGACUUGCUAAACCAGGAACUCCUUCGCGACGAGGUUAUUGAUGAUCCUUUACAGCAACCAGUGUUUUGUGAUGAAUUUAAAACUCAGACUAAAACGAAAAACGUGACUGUGUCCUUAUUAGUGAAUUCACGUGUUUUUAUUGUGUAA